AUCCCUCAUAGCCAAAGCAAGGUGUGAACCGGAACAACUUUCCCAGCGAUGUCCAUCAGUACGAAUCCUCCUCAGAAACUAUGAGCAGUAAUCCAGACCUCUUCACUUCCAAAGUUCAGUACAGUACCCAGCCUCAGAUGUACGGUAACUCAGGCAGGAGAAUUCCCAGCAAUCAAGAUAUGGGAUAUAAAAUCCCUGAUGAUUCAUCUUCAGACGAAGGUCAACCACCAGGUAUUAAAAAAACCACACAAGUGCUAGAGAAAGUUCAAUACCUUGAACAAGAAGUAGACAAGUUUGUAGGGAAAAAGACAGACAAGACUUACUGGCUUCUAGAAGAAAUGCUAACCAAGGAGCUCUUGGAAAUGGAUUCAGUUGAAACUGGUGGCCAGGACACUAUUCGACAGGCAAGAAAAGAGGCUGUUUAUAAGAUCCAGGCCAUACUGGAAAAACUGGAAGAAGCAGCAUUAUGAGAAGGAUAAGCAACUAGUAGAAGCCUGUUACUAACAUGACCAAAGAUCUCGUGAUUUUGGUUAAUUCUUAUCCCUUUGAAACUGCUGUUGAUGAUAAGAAGCAAUAAAUUCUGACUUUCCCUUCCAUUUAAAAUGAUUAAAAAAGAAAAAGUGGCAAAAGACUUGGAAGAACA